CACGUCCAUAAGCUGGUGCUAGCAGUUCCAUCUAUCGGGGUAGGCAGCAGCAGCGAUCCUGUCCGGUCCGAUCUUGCUUGUGCGAAUUCCGACCUCUUUAUUAAUUUCUGCUUUCUGCCGGGUCUCUCCUCUCGUCAUCAAUCAAUCGAGCCAUGCAUCCAUCCAUCUCUGCUCGGUACAACUAGCUCGCUCGUGGCGAUCGAUCUUCUUGGGAAGCAACAACCCAAAAGUUGGUGAGAAUUCUAUUCCUCUAUACCAGAUAGAGAGAGAAACCCAGCCAGCAGCACAGGCAGCAAGCGCAGGCAGGGAUCGCGCGCAGUGGUAGCUAGGGGCCGGGGGUAGCUUUUAACAGGGACAAGCUUCCUCACUAACCUCUUUUUCUCUUUGUUCUCUUCUCAGGCCGCUUUGUUCCCUCGCUCGCUCGCCCGCCCUCUUUAGCCAGCCAGCCACCAGCCCCGAUCUCCCUCGAUCUCCUCUCCUCUCCUCUCCUCUCCUCUUUUUACCCUGUCACUCAUUCCCUCCCAGCCGGCGGCAGGGCCGGCCUUAAUCCUGCCACAUAUGGGGACGGGCUAGCAAAGCGGAGCUGCGGACACCGAGAGGCUUUCCAUAUCCUCUCCAUCAUCAUUAAGUACGUGGUGGUGGGGCGCGGGACUGCCGUGUCGGCCGGCCAUGACAUGGUGCAAUAGCUUCAACGACGUGCGCGCCGUGGAGAACAACCUGGCCUCCGCCGCGGCCGUCGCGGCGGCGGCGGCCAAGAAGCAGCAGCACCACCACCAGCAGCAGCAGGCCUCCUCCCACGCCAGCCUCGUCAGGACGUGCCCCUCCUGCGGCCACCAUGCGCAGUAUGAACAGUUGCAGGCGGCGGCGACCAUACAGGAUCUGCCUGGGCUGCCGGCCGGCGUGAAGUUCGACCCGACGGACCAGGAGCUGCUGGAGCACCUGGAGGGGAAGGCGAGGCCGGACACGCGCAAGCUCCACCCGCUCAUUGACGAGUUCAUCCCGGCAAUCGAGGGAGAGAACGGCAUUUGCUACACCCAUCCCGAGAGGCUUCCAGGAGUCGGCAAGGACGGCCUAAUCCGCCACUUCUUCCACCGUCCAUCAAAGGCGUACACGACGGGGACUAGGAAGCGGCGCAAGGUGCACACCGACGAGCAGGGCGGCGAGACAAGGUGGCACAAAACGGGCAAGACCCGCCCCGUAUUCACUGACGGCAAGCUCAAGGGGUACAAAAAGAUCCUCGUCCUCUAUACCAACUACGGCAAGCAGCGCAAGCCGGAGAAGACCAACUGGGUGAUGCAUCAAUACCACCUAGGCUCCGAUGAGGAGGAGAAGGAUGGAGAGCUCGUCGUCUCCAAAGUGUUCUAUCAGACGCAGCCACGGCAGUGCGGCGGCUCGACGGCUGCCGCUGUCAGGGACGCCGCCAUCGCGGCAGGCAACAUCAUCAAGGGCGGCGGUGCAGGUGCAGGUGCAACUACUGAUCAUCAUCGUCAUCAUCACGAGGAUGGCCACAACAACAACAUGCUGAAGGAAGCUUCAGGGAUGGUAGAUUUCUACAGCCCAGCUGCCGCAGCACUAAUCGGGUACAGCAGCCAGGCGGCUCCUCCUAACAACAGGGCGGUCGCCGCCGCGGCUGCGGCUGCUGCUGCUUCUGCUCAUUUGAUGCCUAACUUCGAGGUGCACACGGGAGGGACAGGCUUUGGUCCCUGACCAAGAAUUGCAAAGCCAACUAAAGCAAAGCAGUUCUAUUCCUUGACUGAUAUAUACUCUACUAGGUUAGAGGCCAGGAGACACGUAAUGAGCGGGUGGCAGGCAGAUAAAAUGGCACUGGCAGUGCGCAUGAAGCAGUUUCGAAACAGUACUACUGGACAAUAAGGGUGUUGAGUGGCUGCACAGGUGAUGAAGCGUAGGGAUCAAUAUUUGUUACAUUGUUCAUUAUAUACACAUAUAAGUAUACGUAACUUGACGUCUUAACGUACUCUCAAAUUUUUGUUUAAUGAUCUAUUGUUCCAUAAUAAGAAUCAUAUUUUCUUUUGA